AUGCCGAAACGUAGUAGCGAUAAAGUGAAAAGAAAGGAAAAUGUAAAGAAGUCAGAUGAAAUCGAUUAUGAAGUUGAACGAAUUCUGGAUCAUGUCACGUAAGUUUUUCUAUUAUUUUGCUAGUUCCAAUCACAAAAAAUGACACGUGACUGAUGUGUUUAAAAUUUGCUGUUUGUAAUUGAAAAACACAACAGUUACACGUUUUCAAAAAGUCGUUUUUUUGCACUGGACGCAGCAUUUUGUUUCAAGUUGUCUUAGUCUCUGCAAAUCCAUAAAAUAAUAAUUAUUAUUCUCAUUGAUCAGAUUCGAGCAUGCUUAUAAUCAGUAUUACCACAAAAAAGAUGAACGAUAUGAGAAAAUGUUCAACGAAUCAACAGCCGACAGUCCUCGAAUUGAAACUUACAAGUACUAUUAUUUGGUAAAUAAAUUUGUAUCGAAUUCAAAUUAGAGAUUCGCUAAAUCAAUCAAAUUUUUUCUAUUUUCGAAUUUUUCAGAUCAAAUGGAGAAAUUUCGUGGAAGAAGAGUCAACAUGGGAAAGCGAAGAGAAUUGUUUAUCAAUGGAUAAUUUGAAAUACUAUAAAAAAGUGAAUGGAUUGCCAGAAAAAUGCAUCAAAAUCAGAGGAAAUGUAAAGAAUCGAAAUCUUGAUAUACAUGAAUUUGUAGUUGGAAAUAAAGAUGAUAAUGUGAAUAAAGAACCAUUUGGUUUCUAUCCAGAACACUCAACAUAUAACGAAAAUUUUGGAAUUGUACCACAUAAUACUCUUCAAGAUGAUAUGGAAUUACAAAUAUCGGUAAACUAUUUUUAAAAUUGUUGGUUCAUAACUUAAAUUUUCAGAACGAUCUCACAAUCUGGCUCAGAACCGACAACACUCAUAAAUAUGCUGUUUUUGAAUAUGACAUGUCAUUUUUGAGUUGUACGGUUGUCAACAAUGAUUCUGAAUUCGAAAAAUGGCAACAAGAAGCUCAAUUGUAUGAUAAGUCUUAUAUUUCUUCCAUUAUUCAGUAAGUAUUUACUGCACAAACUUUUGUUUAUUAUUUUUAUUAUUCUUUACAGACAUCCGAAAAUUGUGAAGAUGUUGGAUUAUUAUUACAAAUACAAACAACAUGGUGAAAAUUACAAAAUCUCAUAUUGUUAUAUUUAUGAAUGGCUUGAGGCCAGUUUAAACGAUCAAAUCUCGCAGCAAAAAAUGACUUUGGGAAGAUCGAAAAAGUUGGUUAUCUCAUUAUAUUUCCCCAAUUAAUUAUUGUUUUUUUUCCAGAAUGUUCUCAGAUAUUUUAUCGAUUCUCUCACUGUUACAUAAUUAUGGAAUUCAUCAAAGUAUUUCAGCUGCUCAUAUUUUCAAAAAUGGCGAGGAUUACAAAUUGGGCUAUUUCAAGAACUUUCAUUUUUUCAAUGAUCCAAAAGAAAUAAAUGACAAAAGAUGUUAUUCACAUGCGUAUAAACCAUUGAAAUACUAUGGAGAAUUGGAUGAAGUUUCGGCAAGAUUUUUUAAAUGUUUAUUAACAUUUUUGUUUCUAAUUAUAUCUGAAAAACUUCAUUUUCAGCUUGAUAUUUAUGCUCUCGCUGUUGUUUUAUUGGAGUCAUUAACAGGAUCAACUGUGGAAAAUAUUGAAAAUGACUCAUUGAUCAAAAGUUGUAUUGAAGAGGUACAAAUAUUUCAGGUUUUUUUUCAUCGAUGUAUAUUUUGCAGAAACUUUCAUAUCUUGAAGAGCCCGAAAAAUCGAUUAUUUCAACAAUUCUGAAUUCCAGUGAAAAUAUUCACGUGAAUAAACUUCCAAAAUAUCGAUUCUCAGCCAAAUCGUUGUUAAAACAUCCAUGGCUUUCGAAAAAUGAAUUUUCGAAUUUCACAAAGUGUUAUUUCCUCGCUUCGUAUUUUUCAUAUCCAAUUGUGGGUUUUUUUUUUGAAUUUCAUAUCCAUUUCAUUUUUUACCAGGAAGAAGUGUUGUUUUUUAAUGAGAAUGAACAAACAAAAACAGUUAUUGAUCGCAUUGUUCAAUUGUAUUUUGAAGAAACUGAUGAUGUUUAUUAUCAAGCACUUCUUAUGCCAAGUUUGAAUGAGAAAUGCUUUAUAACUUAUGUUGAAAAUUCUGAUGUUUUGUCAGAAAUUCUGAAGAAUAACAAAGAAUUCAAAUUGGUAAUUGUUCCUAUUUUACGUGCCAAUCAUCCAGAUCCUUUUAUUAAUCCAAUUAUUUCAUUGGUUUAUUUUGAAGAUGAAUUUGGAGCUGUUCCAAUUGUAAUUGAGGUAAUUUCAUAUGUUUAAUAAUUCUUUCGAAAAUCCAUAGGUUUUUUUUUGCAAUCUAGUUUUUUUCAGAGUGAACCAAUGGACGAUAUGACUAUAGCAAAAACAGUAAUUGAACAAGCUUUUCCAAUAAUGCAACGAUAUUUACCGUUUUGUGUUUUACGUUUGCCACCAGAAUUUGGAAUUAUUGAUGUUGAAUAUGGUUAUAUUGAUGAAUCGAUUGUUGACACCAAUAUCAAGCAUUCAUUUGUCAAUAAAAAAGAAAUUCAAAACGGUUAGUUAAAUUUUAAAAAUUCGAAUAAAUUGAUUUUUUAAACAGAAUUAUCAGAACCCAAUUCAACAUAUAAUAUCACUCAAAAGGUUUAUAAAUUCCCAAUUAAUACUUCAAAAGAAAACAAAUACACCGGAAAAUACAGAAUUUGCGAGUUCCUGAUGAAAUUUGGAAAAAUGAAAUACGAAAGAGAAUGUAGAUUCAAUCGAUUUGGUCCAAUCAAAAUGCAACAAGAAAGUAAUGAAAAAGAUGUGAGUUUCAGUUAAUUUUUAAAUAAAUGAGAGGAAUUGUCCCAAUACUGAAAUAUUUCUCAUUUAUGUUCUUUUAGGGCACCAUUUUAUGUUCUUUUAGGGCACCACCAAAGAUAUAUAA